AUGUCUACCUCACAUACCACCUGCGAAGCUGUCGAAUCCGAGAACUUUUAUGAUCUGAUCAUUGUGGGUGCUGGCCCCCACGCCCUCGCCGUGGCAGCGCGUCUUUACGAAGAAACACCGUCCUCGCUUUAUACUGAUGUUGAACAUCAACGUCUGCACUGGCUUCGCAGAUACUCCAGCGUGCCUUGUCGUGCUUGUGCACCGCCUCGCGUGCUGGUAUUGGACCGAUUGGGUGGAUGGAUGACUCAAUGGGAUCGCCAAUUCAAAGCGUACGACAUCAAACAUCUCCGGUCGCCCAUGUUCUUUCAUCCAGACCCGAGGGAUUUGGAUUCACUCGUGGCUUAUGCAGAGACUGAAGGGCGUCAAGCCGAGUUGGUGGAGAUCAACGGGGUGGUUGGAAAGGAGUUGAGCAAACACUGCCGCAAAUGUCGACAGAAGAGUAAAGGGAAAACUGCUAUUACCAGACGCCAAUCCCUAGGGGUUGCUGUAAACGAGCGAAGCAGACAAGACUAUUUUACUCCAUCCACGAGGCUCUUCCGCGAUUUUUGCGACGAUGUAAUCUCGAGGUAUCGCUUGGAGAAUCUCGUACAACAAGGUGCCGUCACCGAGGUACAGUAUGGUCACGUCUACAUCAAAUCAGAAGACCAUCUCUCUCAUGAUGCAUUCACCUUGACUGUCGAACAAACUGGUCAGACUGUCCGUUUUGGUUCGAGGGCCCUCGUCCUUGCAACAGGCGCGGGAGCGAUCCCCUCAAUCCCCGACGUCCUAACUCCCACGCCCAAGCGCAGCAAAACGACAAAGCACAUGCAGCAUGAGUCGAAUGCUCCCUUACCGCAACAUGAGGGAUACUGUCACUCUUCAGCCUUGGUAACAAGGCCAUUCCCGCAGAAUGUACGCACAUUGGCCAUCAUCGGUGGCGGUCUUACAUCAGCGCAGAUCGUGAAUCUGGCUCUCAAACAUGGCGUGAAGAAGGUGUUCCUGCUCUGCCGAUCUCAUCUCAAGGUGAAGCCAUUCGAUGUGGAUCUUGACUGGUUAGGGAAGUACCAAAACGUCCAGAAGAUGGCCUUCUGGCAAGAAGACGACCCAGAGGCUCGCGUCAAGCAGAUCCGCGGCGCACGGAACGGUGGCAGCAUCACUCCGCCGUACCACAAGAUCUUGAAAGAGCAUGUUAAACGCGGGAAGUUGGAGAUGUUGACAGAGACGCAGAUCAAAGCUGCUGCUUGGGAUCCCGAGCAGAAGAGGUGGCAGCUUGAGCUCACGAGUAAAUGCGCAUUACCGAACCACUCCGGCAACAUGUCACUUCAAGUCGAUUACAUUGUGUCGGCGACAGGUUCCACUAUGUCCAUCGAGGCGCUUCCGUUUCUUCAGAACUUGCAAGCGUCGCAUCCUGUGGACGUGGUUUGUGGGUUUCCUCAUAUCACGGAUGACUUGCAAUGGAAUGAAAAGGUCCCACUCUUCGUGGUAGGAGGUUAUGCGGCCUUACAACUGGGUCCGGGAGCGUUCAACUUGGCUGGCUCCAGGGAAGCAGCGGAGAGGAUUGCGAACCGGCUGAAUGUCUUAUGGAAGGAAUCCGUACUCGCAGGUGCGUCGGCAGACGCUGGUUACAGGAGUGCGAUGGAGGAGCUUGUCGUGGGAAACAGAUACGCCGCGUUCGCAGAGGACAUUAUUGUAUGA